AUGGUUGGCCAUGUCAAUGUGAAUGUCAACGUUCAAAUUAGCCGUGGUAAUCCUCGCCAAAAAGAUCGUCGUGAACGUCGUUCGCAAAUCGAAGGUAAAGAUGACCGCCG